ACAUCACGUAUCCAACGCUUUGUUAUACUUGUAUCUGCCACGAUAAUUAUCUUACCAGAAAGAAGACGAGGACGGAGGAACGUAGGCUGUGCUUGGGAGAGAAAUACGAAAGAUACACAAUCUUGAGCCUCAGGUGGACGCUACCUGAUCUUUGUUGUGGUUUGAUAGUAAUGCUUCAAAGCUUAAACUGAUUUUGAAUCGUGAAGACGUAAUUCCGACUUGUGAUCUGAACGUGGAGUUUCACUUUCGUUUUCAGUUGUGUGUUUUGGGGUUUUGUUAUUAACGCUUGAUGCAAGCCACCUUCAUUUGGAUAUAUUAUUAAAGCAAAAAGUUCCUAUCGAAUCGUGGUCACUAGAUAUUGAAGUAAAACCAGAGAAAUGGACAAAGUAGGCGAAACGGUGCUGGUUGUGGGUGGAAGCGGCUUCCUGGGACAGCAUAUAAUUAAACUUUUAAUUCAGGAACAGGAAAAGCUCGGAAUCAAGGAAAUUCGUACCGUUGACUUGAAGCCGUAUGAAAAUCGAAUUGGUCAUCGUGAAUCGAAGGAUCUAAUCUCAUUUGUCGGCGACAUUUGUAAACCGGAAACAAUCGAAAAAGCAUUUAUCGGCGUUGACUGUGUUUUCCACUGUGCUGCCUACAUUAGUAUUCAAUUUCCGCCAAAUUUUGAUGAAUUGGAGCGCGUUAAUGUCAUUGGUACAAAGAACAUUAUCGAAAUCUGCCUGAAGCACAACGUACCUCGUUUAAUCUACACAAGCUCGGCAUCCGUAGCAUUUACCCCAUACAAGGGUGUAAACACCUUUGCGAUAGCAAUCAAUCAAACGGAAUCAAAAGCUGUGACACCUGAAAUUGAUUUGCAAAAAUCGACGAGGGAGAAUGAUAAGAAGUUCCUGAUUCCAGGAUAUGCAGCGUCGAAAUUGAGGGCGGAACGAGUGGUGCUUAACUCGUCGGGUGCAAAGCUUAAUAAUGGCAAAGAUUACUUACAAACUGUUGCCUUGCGUCCUCCGCUGACCUAUGGCGAAGGUGACCCACAUUUCAUGCCGGCUUGUUUUGAAUAUUUAUCAAAGCAUAAUAUGCAAUUCCCGAGGAUCUCCGGGGCUGGUGGCAAGCAGCAGCUUAUCUAUGCUGGAAAUUCAGCAUGGGGACAUAUCUGCGCUUACAAAACGUUAAAAUCUCAACCGAAAAAAAUUGCAGGACUUCCGAUUUUCAUCACGGAUGACACUCCCGUUCACGAUGUCUCGCGAUUCAUUCAACGUGUCGGACGAGAGACAGAAUCCCUUCGAUUCCAUCAGUCAUGGUGGUCGACACCACAUUUUCUCUUCUACUUUUUGGCGUUCCUUUUUGAAAUGGUCGUGAAAUUGUUACAGCCAAUAUUGGGUACCACCCUGAAAUAUUCACCGCGAGCCCUGUCAUCCUAUACAGCGUCCGUUAUGAUGUUCAAUAGACUGCGAGCUGACAUUCAUUUAGACUAUGAACCUCUUGUCGAUGAAAAGAAGGCACUCAUGUUGAGCGCUGGCUGGUAUGAAAAAUGGUGGCAGGAAAAUAUUACAUCGAAACGUGGAAAGCGUUGUAAGCAAUAACGUUACAAUGUUAUUUGGUAGACAACAAUGGACUUCCAUUGUUGUGUAUUUGUUCUUGUGUUAGUUUGUAAAAAGUAUCUGUUGUGGGUUUUUUUUAUAAAGAUAUAUUUUUAAGGUAUUAUGUACGUGUAGCCGUAGCUCGAAUGUAUACACAAUAAUAAACGUUCUUUAUC